AUGGAUGGUUUGUCAAUCGCCACGGGCGCCCUUUCUCUUGCGGAUGUGUGUUGGCGCGUCGCCAAAUUUCUGCGUGACAUACCAGCCGCAAUCCAUGGCAUCCAGAAAGAGAUCGACGCAUUGAUCGUCGAGGUGGAAUCCAUGGAAUCGGUUGCCAAGUCAGUCAAUGAAUAUCUUUGUGAUGAACCAGCCGCCGCAGGGCCGAGCGCAGCCAAUAUGGAAAACCUCCGCAAGAACUGCAGAAAAAGCCUUGAGACGUGUGAGAAGAUCGUGAAGGAUCUCGAUUCUCUCGUCCAGAAGAUCCGUGGUAGCCCCAAAUCCAGGGUCAGCCCCCUGGAUGCGCUGAGUAAAGAGUCUCGCAGACGUAAACAUGCGGCAGACUUGCAGAAACUACGUGGCAGGCUCUCUCUUGAAAAGCAGAAUCUUCAUAUCCUGCUCACUGGAAUCAAUCUGUACAACCAUCGCGCGCCAGGGGCCGCGUUCGAUCAUGUAUCAAGUGGCCUGCAUUCACAAAUUGAUGAAUUCAAGCGCCGUAUCGAGACCCUGGAGCGUCAGCUUCAAUCCAGCCAUGAGGUCCAUCGGGACAGAGAUGAGGAUAACGCGACAAUGGCUGAUAUCAGCCAAUUCCAGAGUUCCGUCAAAUUCGUUGCUGCUGCCAUGCGUGCCGCAACGCCAGACAAGUCCUUUGACACUCCUCAGCCCGUCAAGAGCGUCUAUACAGGUCGGGCCUCGUAUAUGGAGAGACUGAAGGAUAUCCUACUCCCAUCCAACUCCGAUCAAGCGGUACAGAAACAACAGCGCUUUGUCAUCUACGGCAUGGGCGGAUCAGGAAAGACACAGUUUUGUUGUAAAUUUGCAGAGGCCAAUCGAAAAAGCUUCUGGGGUGUUUUCUGCAUUGAUGCGAGUUCCCACGAACGAAUCAAACAGAGCUAUGCUAAGAUCGCGAAUUUUGGAAAGGUGGAACCAAACCACAUUGCAGUGAUGCACUGGCUCUCCAACUGGGAAAGAAGAUGGCUGUUGCUAAUCGACAACGCCGACGACGCGGAGAUGGAACUGGAUCAUUACUUCCCCAAAGGCGACAGAGGCAACAUCAUCAUCACGACACGAAAUCCUGGUCUCAGGGGACAUGGCAAUGUUGGGCCGAAGUAUUUCGAGUUCAAAGGCAUGGAAGUUGGUGAAGCCAGUGAUCUUCUGUUGAAAGUAGUGGAGAUGAAGAAGCCCUGGAGUGCUGAUGUUCUAUCUUGGGCCACUCAAAUCACGGAGAAGCUUGGUUUCCUUGCACUUGCCAUCACAGUAGCUGGCGUGGCGAUCAGAGACGGGAUAUAUUCUCUCAGCACCUAUUUGCCAUCAUUCAACCGGUAUUGGGAGCAGAUUCGACGGUCUCCCAACCCGCACCCGGACACCGAGUAUAGGAAGAUGUUUGCCACAUUCGAAAUGUCUUACCGGAAGAUCGAAGAGGAGAGCAGCGUGGCUUCCAAGGAUGCAAUUCGAAUCUUCCAAAUGUUUGCGUUUUUCCAUUUCAACAACAUCCCGUUUGACAUUUUGCAAAAGGCAAUCGUCAAUGGUGGGAUUGAGAAACGCGCAGAGGAAAACGCAGAUCAAGAGGCCCUGCGAGGGCCGUUGACUUGGUAUCAGUGGUACAAUUAUAUCCGCUUUUAUGCACUCGAUUUCAUCGCCGCCACCGAUCCCAGUCCUCCCAGCUUGCCGCCCUUUAUACAGGAAGACGGGGAGUCAGGAAUAUUGAAUGAGAGGCGAGUACGCUAUGCGCUCAGUAGACUCACUCAAAUGUCGCUCAUCAUGAAGAACCCAGAGAACGACAGCUUCUCGAUGCACCCGCUCAUACACCUUUGGGCGCGCGAGAGGCCUGGAAUGAGCACCUCAAAUCAGGCGCUGUGGUCAAACAUUGCAGCCAUGACACUCGCCCAAUCUAUUCUUCUCCCACCUCUUGGGAAUAGUGAGGAGGAAGAGCUCUUUCGAAGGGACAUUCUCCCUCAUAUCGACCAUGUACGAACCUGCCAAGAAGCCAUUGCGCGCACGAUAAGACAGAACAGGAAGGAUUUCUGGUCCCGGUUGGUGCAGUGGCUUGAGAUUGAACCCAGUCUUGGCCGAUCCCAGGUGAUAAUAUACGCCAAGUUCAGCCGUGUCUUUGCUCAAACCGGUCGCUGGAAGGACGCCGCGGAGCUUCAGCAGUCUGUCAAAGAAUACACCGAUAGAUUCCUGGGGCUGGGACAUCCAGCCACCCGCCGUAUCACGCUGGCGUUGGCAUUCACCUACUGGAACCAGGGGAAGAGCGAUCUAGCAGAGGAUCUGCAAAAGGAAGUCCUACAAGCAUGCAACUCUUUAGGGCCCGAUAGCCAUGAGACCCUGAUGACCAAGGAUGUUCUGGGCCAGACAAGAUGGCAGCAGGGACGAUACAGCGAGGCCCGAGAGUUUCAGCAAGACGCCGUUGACGGCCUGCUCAGAUUGCACGGUCCGAAGCAUGAGGACACGCUCAGUGCGAUGAGAAGUCUCGGCCGAACAAUGGCCAAGUUCUACGAAGACGAAGACUUGAAGGAAGCACAGCGACUGCUCCGGAUAGCCUUUGAUGGAAUGAGUGAAAUCCUAGGCCCGAAACAUUUGAAGACGCUCGACGCCAGAGAAGAUUUGGCAAUGCUGGAUCUGCUACAGGAACAAAACCUGUCCGUGGCGGCGGAGACGAUGCAGCAAGUCCUUGAUUGUCGCAAGGACAAACUGGGCAAGGAACAUCCCUAUGUGCUUCUCGCGAUGGCGAACCUGGCAAGGGUUAAAACCGCCCUUGGUGAGCACAGUGAAGCCGAAACCCUUGUCCGCACAGGGCUGGAAAUUGCAGACCGCAACCUGGGCGAAAACCACAUCGGGACCUUGAUGGGCAGGACGGUGCUUGGGAUCAUUCUUACCAAUGAAUCGAGGUUUGGCGAGGCAGAGGCUACGCUUCUCCAAGUCAUGGAGAAGCAGCGAUUUCUCACAUCCUCCCGGGGUGACUUUCAUCCUGACCGACUUGGCACGAUGAUUGAGCUGUGCCGGUGCUAUAAAUUGCAAAGGAAAUAUGAUGAAAGCAUUUGUCUGUGUGAUGAGAUCAUCCAGGGGCUGCAACAGAUCAGUUUGAAGCAGCAUCCCCUUGAAAGAAAGACAGAGGCAGAAAAACAAGACCUUAUUGAGAGAAAGCGUGUUGCAGAAGGGAUAGAGGCCUAGAAUAGUAUAAUAGACCAUUUAGAG